AUGGGCAAUGAUGUGAAAUCACGUCUUCAUAUGAAAAAACAUGAGCGCGGACAUAAACAUGAUGGUGAUUCAAGUCAGAAUGCAAAUUCUGGUCGAAAUGAAGUCGAUGAAACAAUUAUGAGUGGUCCCAAUCGUGCUCGUGCAAUAGAUCCAACUGCAGCAGGUACUGGUAACGGAUCGGGAACUACUCAAAGUGGCGGCACGUCAACUCCAGUUCAUGGGCGUACAUAG